UUUUGGAAUGCUCUUAUGGGAACUUUGUUAUGAAAAGUUGCCUUAUGCUGAUUGGGAUAUGAGAAAAUUAUCUGAUCAUGUUUUGAGUGGUAAACGAGAAAAGAUUUCAAAGGGAAAUUUUAAAAAUCCUGCUGAUAGAGAGAUUCAAUUAGAAUUUAUUAAAAUCAUUCAAGAUGCAUGGUGUCAUAAACCAGAAUUACGAAUAACUAUUCCUGCACUAAAGCCGAAACUUGAUGAAUUAGCAAAAAAAUACCCAAUUUCAUUUGAUACUCCACAACUUUUUGAUAAUAAAGCUUUAGAUCUUGAUGGGCAAAAGACUGAGCCUUUGCCAGUAUUUGAAGAGAUUAUUGAGAUUGAGGAUGAAGUUCCCGAAGAAGUUGCCGUUGUACCUUUUGCAACUGUUGUACCUCUUGAUGUUGGUAUAGAGAAACAUCAAAAAAAAGAAUAUAAGAGUGCAUGGGAAUGCUUCAAACAAAAUGCUGAAAUUAAUAACGCAACAGCAAAAUUCUGGCUAGGGUAUUACUCGCUUUAUGGGUAUCAUGCAGAAAAAGAUCCAAUUCAGGCCAAGAAGUAUUUCAAAGAAGCUGCCGAUGAAAAUAAUCAUGCAGAAUCACAAUGUAGAUAUGCAGUUGCAUUGUUUGGUGACCUUAGUAAAGAGAGUAAUGAAACUAGGAAAGAUGAAUUACGUAAGGAAAUUCUAAAUUAUUUUGAAUUAGCGGCUUAUAAUCAAAAUGUUGAUGCAAUGUAUUAUUUGGGAGAUAUUUAUGUGGGUGGAAAACUUAAAGUGAAAAAAGAUGAAGAGCGUGGGGUAAAUUAUUUAAGAUUAGCUGCCAAUUCCAAUAAUGAUAGAGCAAUUGCUCUAUUAAAGAAAUUAGGUAAAUGGAGUUAA